AUGGCAGAGGCAACAGAACCCGUUCACUUCCUUGAUGUCUGUAGUCAGAAAUUUUCUGAAUUCAUGUUCAACGCUGAGCAUAAAUGCUUCAUGUGGUUGCGGGAAAUUGAGGAGGAAGCCAUGAAAAUAUUUGAUAGCAGUCUCAGUAACGAGCCUGCACUGAUGCCCAAAACACCAUCACAGAAGAGGCACCGGAAGAAGAAGAAGCGCUCUUCAUCUUUUAAAGAUGACAAUACAGAACUGACUAGAAAAAGACUCUCAAAAAGACGAAGUGGCGUAAAACCAUCCUCCUCUAUUGAACUUUUCCCGAGCAAAGAGAAUCUGGAGUUAACAGCAUCUUGUAAAACAAACUUUUUCACAAAGGAAGCUUUAGAAACAGAAUGUCACAAGACAGUUAUGCAUCCAGUUGAAGAAAAAGCACUUGGUGGUGACUUUAACAAAAAUACUGAAGUAAAAGGAACAAUGGAUGAGGAAACACGCAGUGUCCCUGAAGUCUCCACCAUGUGGCCAGAUGGCCAUUUUGCUGACAGGGUUGGAGCUACUGGAGUUGCAGGUGUUUUGGAUGUCUCUGCAGUCGUGCUGCCAAAUCCCCUUGAUCCAGCAAGGACUGGAAAAGACUGGGAUGCAUCCAGGCUGAGUACCUCUACUCCAAAACCAUAUUUAAAUGUGACCCCUGCAGGUGCAGGAGAGUUGUUCUUAGGCCAACAAGUAGGUAAUAAUCUGGUGCAAGAGGGGGCCGCGUCUCAGGAUUUAAAAGACAGCACUGGAACCUCUGGAGGCUCCCGAUCAGGCCAUCGCCCUUCAAGUCGACCCCACAAGAACAGGAGAGUAUCGCUUGUCGAGAAAUACUCACUGACCAGCAAAAGGAAAAGCAUGAUUCGGAAAUCCGUCAGCAAGUCGAUUGCCAAAAAGAAACCGGCUUGGAGCUCUCCAUCCACCUCUAGUCGAGUAAGCUCUAUAGGAAAUGACCUUUGUGGAACCUUCUCUCCAGAAAGUCUUGCCAUUAAGAUGACUGGCUCCCAAGUCAGUGGGUCUGAAGAUCCAUCCCAGAGCAGACAGCCCCAUGAAGGAGGUAUCAGGAGUCAAAGUUACAAGCAAGCACUGAAUGAGCUGCCUACUGCCCAGUCUACAAAAGAUGAAGAUCUUUCGUCGUUUAGUCAAAAAAACACAUCUCCUCCUGCAAACAAAACACUGUCCCCUUCUGGUCCAGCCAGGAUCACACGACCUUUCAAAAACUUCUUUCAGACAAUGCAAAAAAGCCAGCUGUUCAAACCCCCUGGGUCUCCAGGGCCCAGCAGUGUUAUGAAAAGUCUUGUCAAACAUACCACACCUGCCACUAAACCUGAUACCAAGGAAAAAGAACGACAACGACUGGAGAGUCUGCAGAAAAAACAAGAAGCUGAGCAACAGAGAAAACAGAAAGUAGAGGAAGAAAAAAGACGAAGGUUGGAAGAGAUAAAACUAAAGCGUGAAGAACGGUUAAGAAAGGCAGUGCAAGCUCGGGAACGAGUGGAGCAGAUGGAAGAGGAAAAAAGGAAACGAAUGGAACAGAAAUUCUCUCAACAUGAGGAGAGGAGUGAGAAGGUGCGAGAAGAGAAAAUGGCAGAGGAAAAGACAAAGAGAAAAGUGUCUAUGAAGAAAAUGUGGGAUACAGAAGCCCGAAAACAGAAAGCACUGCAGAUGGAAGAAGAACAAAAGUUUCACGAACAGCCAGAAAAAUGGAAGACGGUUGGGGAAAUUAGGAUGAUGCUAGAGCACAAUAAUGCAAAACAAGCACAUGAAAGGCACCAUGGGCAGCAAGACAAAGAGAAAUGGGUAAAACAGCUGGAUCUGGCAGUGGUUACAGAAGAGGAAGAAAAUCAGAAGGAGGAAAAGAGUCCUACAGAUCUAGAGCAGCUGCCUCAGGAAAAGAAAGCCAGGCAUGUUGAAGUGGUUCCUACCGCCAGUAAAUGGCUGAAUAUAACUGCUCAGAAAUCUCCUAUCAGUACCUCUACCCAUGUGAACCCCCAGGACCUGAAAGAUUCCAAGUCCUUCAAAAUCAAUCCUAAUGACUAUGGAAUGGAUUUGAAUAGUGACGACUCCACUGACGAUGAAAGCCAGCCCCGCAAACCGAUCCCUCCUUGGGCCACUGGUCUUCAGCUUAAUGAAGCGGUCACAUACCAAUACUACAACCCUCCAGACAUUGAUACAUUUUUUGGACAAAUCUUGAGCCCUAAACUAGAAGACAUCUUCUACAAGAGCAAACCAAGGUAUUUCAAGCGCACCAGUUCUGCUGUCUGGCAAUCACCGCCAUUACCAGGUACCAAAACAGCAUUGCGUCCAUCCAGUAGCAUGAAAAAAUAGGCUGGGAAGGACCUCGUAUUUGUCGGCUGUGGUUUGUCUAAGUAAGAUAUCUGUAAACAUUUUAAUAUUUUCUAUCUUUUGUAUUC